UCAUGGGGCCCCUGGGCAAUAGGGGAUAAUGGGGCCCCUGUGUCCUUGUCCAAACUCAAAAAAGCCUAUGAAAAAGGAACCAGGGGCAUCUCAUGAGGCCCCCUACUGACCCCGGGCCCUCGGGCAGUGCCCGAGUUUCUAAAUGGUCAGUCCGCCCCUGCUCUGAAAUGAAGGGAAGCUCUGCUGAUUUCUGUCAUUUAAUCAUAAAGUUAGGGACACAAGGAAACACUCUGAGUAUGCAUGAAAUCUUCUCAGGAACACUGGUGGACACGACACUAGAAAAACUAGCUGUU